AGGGUCGUGGUUUGACCUUUAAAAUUAAAAUGGCUGAAAAUCCAGAACCGGCUACAACGGCCCCAGAAGAAAGCACAGUCCCUUCUCCCCAGGCUCACACGCCUAUCUCAGAACAAGAGAAAAAGGCGGCAGCUUUCAUGGAACAGGCAGAGAAGAAAGUCCAGUCUGCCUCCACUUUUAUGGGGAAAAUGUUUGGUGGUGCGUCAAAACUGGAAGAUGCAGCUGACCUUUACACAAGAGCAGCCAAUCAAUUUAAAGUGGCAAAAUCUUUUGAAAGGUCCGGUGAUGCUUUUGUAGCAGCUGCUCAGCUUCACAUUGAUAAGCUUGAUUCGCGUCACGAGGCGGCUAAUAGCUACUCUGAAGCUGCUCAAGUGUACAAGAAAGUCAAACCUGACAAGGCCAUUGAGUGCUACCAGCUGUCUGUCGAUAUUUAUUCUGACAUGGGUCGUUUUGGACUUGCUGCAAGAUACUACAUGAAUAUGGCAGAGAUUGAAGAGGAGCAAACACAUUAUGAUAAAUCAAUAGUUUACUACGAGCGAGCUGCUGACUACUACAGAGGAGAGGACUCCAAUGCCUCUGCAAACAAGUGUUUGCUCAAGGUGGCUCAUAUGUGUGCUACUUCACAGAAUUUCCAGAAAGCAGCAGAACUUUUUGAUGAGAUUGGUAAAGGCUGCCUUGACAAUGGCCUAUUAAAAUAUUCUGCUAAAGACUAUUUCUUCAAGGCAUUGCUGUGCUGGUUCUGUCUUGAUAGGGACUCUGUCCAAAGAAAGAUUGAUGAAUAUAAAGCAAUCCAUCCAGCUUUUGAUGGCACUAGGGAACUGAAACUGAUAGAGAAUCUCUUGGAAGCCGUACUGGAUGAAGAUACUGACAAAUUUGCUGAGCACGUAGCAGAGUAUGAUUCUAUCUCUCGUCUUGAUGCAUGGUUGACCGCCAUCCUCCUCCACCUUAAAAAGUCGAUAGACGCUGAGCCUGAAGUUAACUAGCAGCUUUAUUAAAUCCCUUUAUAAGACAAGCCCACUUCUGCAAGCAAAGAGUGCUAUAGACGUUAUAGAUAUAUGUCAUGCGUGUCGUUUCAUAUUUAAUCCUAUAUAAUUAUUAAUUAUAAUUAUAAUUAUUAUUAUUGUUGUUGUUGUUGUUCUUUGUUAAACCCGUAAUUAAAUCUA